AUGGCAGACGAAAGUUAUGAAACUAUGCCGUCGUUAACUCCACAGUUAGAAAAGAGUAAUGAAGCUGAUUUCACUGGAAGCAACGAGAAUAAAUCACGCUAUAUGAUAGAAUUGGAGCUAGCGAAAUUGCGCAUAGUCCAAAAAGAGAAAGAAAUGGAAUUAGAAAGAUUACGACAAGGUAGUCGCGAAUGUUCUUGUCACAAUAAAUCGCCUUACAAACCUUCUACUUCCCAUAAAGUCGCUGUAUCUCUUAAUGAUGAGUCCGCCAGAACCAUAUCUAAGUUUCUGGACAUGCUUAAAGGAUAUCAAUAUUUUAAGUGGAAUGCCGAUGAACUUGAGUGUUGGAUCAAUGAAAAACUGCAAACAUAUACGAAUGAGGAUUUUAAAGAACUCAGUAAUCUUCAGCUGAAAAAACAGAAAUAUCAAGAGUUUGAGCUCGAAGUAACAGUUCAUGCUGAAACACUCUCAGCUCUAGAUUCUACGGGAGAAGAAAUGAUUGGUCAGGGGUACUACGCAACAGAUAUUAUCAAAAACCGUCUUGAUGAAUUGCAUGCCCUGUGGGAAAGGCUUAUGGCUAUUUUCAGAGAAAAAUCCAGUGUCAUUAACCUAAAGCUUAAAUUUGUCCAGUUUUUACGCCAAGUCGACGAGAUACUUUUCUGGAUACGUGAAAACGAAACUUUCGUAACAUCAGAGGAUUUAGGUCAAGACUUGGAAGAUGUUGAGACACUUCAAAAAGGGUUUAAUGAGUUUACAAAGGAUCUCGAGUAUCAAGAAAGUCGUGCCGAAGACAUCUAUCGGAAGGCAGAUGAAUUUCUAAAAGAGGAAUUUCCUGAGGAUGCCCUAGUCAUAGAAAAGUCCAGAGAGGUCCGCAAAGCUCUAGAACGUCUGAAGGGUCUGACUAGAAAACGACAAGAAAAGCUCCUGGAAGCCUAUGAGAUACAGUGCUUCUUUAGAGACACAGAUAAAGCUAUAUCGUGGGUGAAUGAAAAGUCCAUUCCUUUAUCCAUUGAGGACUGUGGUCGUGAUCUUGCCUCAGUCCAAGCCUUACAAAUGAAGCACGAAGCAUUAGAAAGGGAUUUGACUGACACAGAUGAAAAGAUUGUUCAACUUGGAGAUGAUGCUAAGGCGCUUGCACAGAAGCAUCCUGAUUUGCAAGACACUAUACAAGGCAAGUAUGAGGAAUUAAUCACUGCAUGGGAUAAGCUGAAAAGUCAGGCUGUAGAUAGGAAAAGUAAACUGGAAGAGUCAUUCAAGAUGCAUCGUUUUUUGGCUGACUGA